UAGCCUGUGACAUUUCUGCUCACAUCAGAUCUUCUCUCUCCCCCCAUUCGUCCUCUCAAUUCUCUCUCUCUCUCUCUCUCUCUCUCUCUCUCUCUUAGAGCAUCUGAUUCGUUUCAAUUCUCGUUAUAAACAGAACACCAGACAUUGUUUUCUCAUCGUGUUCAUCAAUUUCUACCAGUUACAUAAAUUCUCUGUGCGCCUACGAAUCCUCUUUCUGUAAAUCUCUCGCGCGUAUAUAGGAAUGGGGAGGAAGAAUAGAGGUAUGACGAAGGGGAGGGUGUCUAGAAUUGGAAGCUACGCGAUUGCUUCGUCAAUUGCCGACCCAACUUCAAUUUCCUGUACCACCUUCAACAUUCUCGCCCCGAUUUACAAGAGACUCAAUCAAGAGCAGGAUCAGAGUUGCCGCGAAAGCGAUAUCCGGUCGUAUUGGCUGAACAGGAACCACAGGAUAUUGGAUUGGUUGCUCUGUGAGAAAUCUUCCAUUAUUUGCCUUCAGGAGUUUUGGGUUGGAAAUGAAGAACUUGUCAACAUGUACGAAAGGAGACUUGGUGAUGCUGGCUAUAUCACUUUCAAGCUCGCCCGCACCAACAACCGGGGUGAUGGUCUGCUGACAGCCGUGCAUAAAGACUACUUUAGGGUUUUAGACCAUCGAGAGUUGCUGUUCAACGAUAUUGGAGACCGUGUUGCUCAGUUAUUACAUGUUGAAUUGCUUUCACCUGUUUCACAAUGUCGAAGCAACAAUGUUCGACAAGAAAUGCUUAUUGUGAACACCCACCUCUUAUUUCCCCACGAUUCCAGUUUGUGUUUGGUACGAUUGAAUCAGGUCUACAAAAUCUUGCAGCACGUGGAAUCUUAUCAGAAAGAAAACAAUCUUAAUCCGUUGCCCAUCAUUCUCUGCGGUGACUGGAAUGGAAGCAAGCGAGGGCAUGUUUACAAGUUCCUUAGAUCUCAAGGGUUUGUUUCAUCAUAUGAUACUGCUCAUCAGUACACUGAUGGAGAUGCACAGAAGUGGGUGAGCCACCGAAAUCAUCGGGGGAAUAUCUGUGGUGUUGAUUUUAUAUGGCUUCUUAAUCCGAAUAGUUACCGUAAAUUACUUAAAACAAGUUGGACCGAAGCAGUAUUUGGCACGUUCAAGUCUCUAUUACGGCGAGCCUCCCUGACAGAGCAUGAUGCAUUUGCCUUUCUGAAGGCAGAUAGCCAGGGUGAUUACAUUACUUACUCUGGUUUCUGUGAAGCUUUACGACAGCUUAGUUUACUUGGCCAUUGCCACGGACUAAGUAUUGAAGAGACAAAGGACUUGUGGGUGCAAGCAGACAUUGAUGGAAAUGGUGUUCUUGACUAUAAAGAAUUUCAGCAGCGAAUUUGGAAUCCUACUUGGUUGGAUCAAAGAAAUGAAAUAUGCAAUGAGGUCUGGGAACACGUAGAUGGUAUGGAGCAAACUAUUGGUUUCAGUGUGAAGAAUGCGGUUCUCUUCCCUACUGAAGUGGAGAAAGGAUUGUGGCCUGAAGACUAUUCUCUUUCAGAUCACGCCCGACUCACUGUGGUGUUCUCACCAGUGGGGAUGCCAUGUCCUUCUCUGGUAACUUGAUCAAUCUUGGGUGCCACUGACAUUUCAAGAAUAGAAUGGAACGACAAAUAAGAAGGGUUGAAGGCUUGCGGACAGCUUCGGGUGCUCAAAUGACCACUGGUAUUUCUCAAACAGAAGAUUGGAGGCUUGAUGCUAAAAAGCCAUGAUUAAUGACUCUUGUGCCGUGGUGGAGACCUCUUGGAAAUGCCACAUCUCAUGCUCUCUCUUUUGCGGCGUGAUAUCUUAUCCAGAUUUACUUGCUCGUGGGAGUGACAUGGGACGGCUAUCCUGUUUGACCAUCUUGUUUGAGCCUUCUCCUGUGCGAAGGACAGAGAGUAGAAGCAAUAGAUAACAGAAGAGAGAACUACCAUCUCACUUGGCCGAGUGGCAUCCUACUUAGCUGGUUUUUGCUACGAAGCUCUCCAGAAGAGAAGAAAAUAAAAGUAAAUUUUCUCAUUGUGGAAAUGUAAAUAUAGGUCGGUAGAUAUCAUCCUUGUGACUUGUGAGGAAGGUGAUCAUACUGUUCUAGGCUCUUGUAUUUCGACUGCUUCGAGGAGAAAUCCAGGAAGCGCGCAUUCUGUUUGAGUUCCUGAUUUUGCUCUGUAAGUUUAGCAGGAUUAUUGCAGGAAUAUGUGAUCCUUAUGAAAAUCACUCUCCAGUGAGUGUUCAUAUCUGCAAAUCCUUAAGGCCUUCUGGUUUACAUAGUUUUGUUGGAGUUAUUUACUAGCUGCCUGUAAAGUUGAAUGGGUGUGCUUUGAUGGUGAAAAGGGCCCAAAAAUACU